AUGACAAGACAAAAUAACACCAAAACUCCAAUAAAGCAGACCGUAACGAGAACCAACAGAGUGCAGAUCAUAAUUACAAUAACUCAAAGAGAAAAUUUUAUUCCAUUACUUGAUGCUAUGACAAACGAAGCUUUUAAAUGUGCAAUCUUGUACCUCUACUACCAUGACACCAUAACACUGGAAACAUCAUUCCCAUAA